AUGACUUCCAAACCAUUCAACGUGCUAACUAAGGAACUCGUCUUUCUGAAAAAUAAAUCUUCGACACAAACGAUUCGAAUCGAAAGACUCGAUCCUUCUGUUCUCGGAAUCAGAGCUUCGCACAACCUACCGGAAUGCUUCACACUUACUCCCAGUCAAGUUGUCACUCGUUUGCCGUAUGAAUACGAAGUUUAUUAUGACUCUUCGAAAAAUGAUGGUUUGACGAUUCCGGAAACUAUACAUAUCAAGUUCACAGAGAAGAUAUUUAUGGCGGAGGGUUUGAUUGAUGGAGUAACGAUUAGAGUGAGAAUUGCGGAGAAAAAGACAAAGCUCGAAUCCCUUGAAUGCAAGUUGUGUCUUCUUCAAUUUUCUGAAGAGAAAGAGGAUCUGAUUCCAAGAAUACUAACUACAUGUGGACACACAAUAUGCCAGAGCUGCGUGAAUCAAAUAAAACCGCCGCAGCCAUCUAUUUUCGGAAUCGAUGUACAAUGCCCCUUUGACAGAAAGUCUACCAAUCUCCCUCCGGAUGGAAUGCUUCCAAAAAACUUCACUGUGAUCGAGCUGCUUCGAGAACACGAAGAAAUUGCGAUUCUGGAGAAGCUGACAGCGACAAAACUUUGUGAGGAUCCAGAUGUACCGUGCUUCGAGAAUUCCAAACAUGAAUCUACAUGCUAUUGCACUUUGUGUAAAGCAGAGUUUUGUGAAGGAUGUUUUGAAAUCACACACGCUUCUAAAAUUUUCUCAAGUCAUAAAGCUAUACCGAUUGAUCAAAAGCCAGUAGUUCUUCCAAAUUGUGCAGUUCAUCCGGAUAGCUUGGUUUAUUACUUGUGCAAGAGCGAAACUUGCCAAACUGAAACAAAACUUUUCUGUGAUGAAUGUAAACUCAAUGAACACGAAUCUCAUGAACAUGACAACCUUGCUGAGAGAGUUGUCACCAACCAAGAUAAUCUCAAGGAAAUUAUCAAAAACCUUAAAUCAACCGAACGGAAAUUCCAACUCAAAAUAGAAACAGCACAAACAUGUGGUCAAAGUUAUAGGAAAGAUACGAAACUCUAUACGGAUAAGGUAGAGUCCAUUAAAAGAUAUUUCGAAGCGAAGAAGGAGGAAGCCCUGAAAAAGUUGGAUAACUAUUUUGAAACAGAGAGGGAGAAACUGGAAGUUGAAAAAGAAGAAAUCGAGCAUGGAUUGGGAUUGGUGACGGAGGUUCGACGGGAUAUAGAGAAAAUGUUAAAGAGGAAAAACAAUUUGUAUGAUGUCGAAGAAAUUAUGGAGAAAGGCAACGCGUUGUGCUCGUUAGAGGCGGGGAGUGGAGCUCUCAUCGUACCCUUCUCCACGAUUUCACUGCCGGAUGACAUGUCUACUGAAAGCUUGCCAAUAAUCACUUUCUCGAGCUCCCCACCAUCCACAGAAUCAGCUAACGUAGAGCGAAAAAGUGUUGUUCGGGAUGAUCUGAUUAGAGCGAUUGAUCGGAGACUGAUAAAAGCGACGAGAAAAUACUCACAGAAGAAAUAUUAUAAUUUGAAAUAA